CUGAAAAAAAGUUUCUACCCUCAUCUAAGAAAUGUUCAUCGAAAAACACAUGAAGCGGCUUUACAAAUCCGCGAACAGAUAAAAGUGAAACUUGGAGUCGCCAAGAUUGUUUGCCCGCUAUGCAGUGUAAAUUUCACGAAAUACGAAGGAUUGGCAGAGCAUUGUCGCAACAUCCAUUCCGAGGAUGGAGCUGGAGGAAGACCACAGAAUUACUCUGCCGUUACAAUGAAUUUCGCAAGUAGUGAGCAUUUCGAGGAAUGGUUUCUGGAGACGUGUGAACGUAUGUGCACUGCGUUUUUCAAAUCACAUGAGGAAAAAUCAAACACUUCAAAAACGCUGAGAUAUUUGUGUAACAGAGCUGGUACUUAUACAACGAAAGCAAAGCGCCGAACUACGACCAGUAGAAAAGACGUUCGUCACUGUUCCUGCCAUUUAGUUGUUAGGUUCAAUGCAGAUGGAACCGUAAUUGUCAAAGGUUGCCUCGGACAUGUGGGGCACGAGUUGGACCCCGCACUGCUCAGAUUCACCAGCAAGCAGAUUAUGUACCUCAAGAACCUCCUUGAAGAGCAUUCAAUGGACUACAUCAUCGAUAGGCUGCGCAAGGAAGAUCCAACGAAAUCCUCAAAACUCUCUUUUGUGGUAAAGUCGGAUCUUCAUAAUAUAGUGAGACGUUUCAAUAUGACGCCGGGAUGGAGGCACAAUGAUGAUGUAAUUUCUUUGCCAAUUCGAUAUGAUGAGCACAAUGCCGAUGAUGGCAUCAAGUGUUUCGAACUGCCUCAAGAUGAUACGGAGAGAGGCUUUCUGCUUGAUAAGACUGAGCUCGAGCGCCAGCAUUUUGACGGUGUGGCGAUGUGGACAGCGGAACGCUGUCAAGAAUUUGUGUCUUCAAAUUCUGACUUUGACAUCGAUACGGCCCACGACCGCAGAGAAGCACGAUACCAAAAGUUGAGCGACAUUAAGAGU